AUAGAGUGUGUGGGUGUGUCAUUGUUUACCUUGUGUUGACACGCCCAUGAUUGUCAGCUAAACUUGACACAAGUUGAUAUUUGAGUGUGUCUCUGUCUGUGCUUUUCUAGACUACUUCCAUGUCCUGGCAACAACAACCAUAUAACCCUGGCUAUGGCCAACAGUGGGGCUCACAAGCUCCCCCUCCGAGUGGCUAUCGUCCUCCCUACAAUCCAGCUGCUGGACCUCCUCACUCCAGUGCUCCCUCACAGUCCAUAGGUGGCUACUCCAACCCUCCUCCAGGUGGACCAGGGUAUGGUGCUGGUACCCCAACCUCAAGCUACCAUCCCCCAAGUUACGGUGCUCCACAGUCCAACUACGGUGCUCCACCGACCUCCCGUGCCCCUGGGCCUAGCUACGGUACUCCACAGUCCAGCUACGGUGCUCUACCAACCUCAAGCUAUCGUUCUCCUGGGCCUAGCUAUGGUGCUCCACAGUCCAACUACGGUGCUCCACCGACCUCCCGUGCCCCUGGGCCUAGCUACGGUACUCCACAGUCCAGCUAUGGUGCUCCACCAACCUCAAGCUAUCAUUCUCCUGGGCCUAGCUAUGGUGCUCCACCAACCUCCCAUGCUCCUGGGCCUAGCUAUGGUGCUCCACAGUCCAGCUAUGGGGGGGCAGGAGGCUCGUAUGGGGGGUCAGGAGGUUACGGAGCCCCCCAGUCAGGAGGGGGUGGAAUGUCACCACAGGACCAAGAGCUGAUGUCAUGGUUCCAGGCAGUGGACAAGGAUCAGUCUGGGAAGAUCACUGCUCUAGAGUUGCGAGAAGCUUUGGUCAACUCAAACUGGAGUCAUUUCAAUGCUGAGACAUGUCGCCUGCUCAUCGGGAUGUUUGACAAGAACAAUGAUGGCACUAUAGACUUCUACGAAUUUGCUGCACUUUGGAAAUAUGUGAAGGACUGGAAGUCAUGCUUCAAUAAGUUUGACAAGGAUGGUAGUGGCAAUAUUGAUGCAGGGGAACUGCAGCAAGCACUGGUCUCAUUCGGCUACCAACUGUCAAUGGACUUCUGUACUCUGUGCACUAGGUUGUUUGAUCGCGGUGACAUGCAUACAAUGAAGUUUGAUGACUUCAUUCAGUGUUGUGUAAUGUUGCGAUCUCUGACAGAGAGCUUCAAGAAACAGGACACCAACAGAUCAGGAGUCAUUAAUAUUAACUAUGAGCAGUUUCUGGAGCUGGCAAUCGACAACAGCUUACAAUGAGUAACAGCUUACAAUGAGUGCACCGCCCAAACCACACCCCAGAACAUUAUCCUUUUCCACGCUAGAAUAAAGAGUUUUGCUAUAAAUACAAUAUCCAUUAUAAUUAGUGUACUUGUAUGUUGUACAAUAAAGCCAUGCAUUACAUAUUCAUUUAUUGAACAUUAUAAUAUUAUUCUGAGAA